CGCUGGCUGGGCGGGCUCAGGCGCAUCCGGCCCGGCCUCGCCUCUCUGCUGCUGCCGGUGGCUCACGCACCGAGGCGGUUGCUGCUGCUGCUCCUGGCCCCCCAGAAACCCGCCGCCGCCUGCCCCAGACGCCGGGCGCUGCCGAGCCGGCUGCCCGCGGUGUCCGCCCGUGGGGCUGCGGCAGGGAGGGGCUGAGAGGCCGGGCCGGGCGGAGAGAUGAACACGGUGUUGUCCCGGGCCAACUCGCUCUUCGCCUUCUCGCUGAGCGUCAUGGCGGCGCUGACCUUCGGCUGCUUCAUCACCACCGCCUUCAAGGAGCGCAGCGUGCCCGUCCGCAUCGCCGUCUCUCGGGUCAUGCUAAAAAAUGUGGAAGACUUCACUGGGCCUAGAGAACGAAGUGAUCUAGGAUUUGUUACAUUUGAUGUUACUGCAGAUCUGCAAACUAUAUUUGAUUGGAAUGUUAAACAGUUAUUUCUGUAUUUAUCUGCAGAAUAUUCAACAAAAAACAAUGCCCUGAACCAGGUUGUCCUUUGGGACAAGAUCGUUUUGAGAGGAGAUAGUCCAAAGCUGUUACUAAAAGACAUGAAAUCAAAAUACUUUUUCUUUGAUGAUGGAAAUGGUCUCAAGGGAAACAGAAAUGUCACUUUGACUCUCUCCUGGAACGUUGUACCAAAUGCUGGCAUUCUACCUCUUGUGACAGGAUCAGGACAUGUAUCUGUUCCGUUCCCAGAUACUUAUGAAACAGCAAAAAGUUAUUAAAUUAUUAUACUGAAUCCUAAGCAACAUAUUUUUAUACUUGUAUAUUAUGAAUAAAUUUUAUCACUUUCUCCUCCUAUCCCCCGCAGCUCUCCAGUCAAAGGUACUUGUUUUCUUUGGCUCUAACUGAGCAGGAAAAAAAACAGCUGAAAUUUAGACUUUUUUUUUUAUUAUUAUUUUAAAUAAAACAUUGAUGCUGAAACUUACAGGAAACGUAAACUGAUGGUUUAAAAUUUUUGAAAAAUUAACUUUUUUUUGUUGGCCAUGUGGGUAGAAAAAUAUGUUUCUUAUAAAUAAACAUGUAAAACCAGAACAUAGUCUGAUUAUUUUAAAAUUUAUUAUCAAAGUGUUUAUGUAAUCUAUCUAAAGCGCAAUGCACAAAUUUCAGUGUUGUAGUCAAAAAUGUAGGAGUACUUGCAGGUUCAUAGGCACUGUGGCUAUUGUAUUGUAUUCUUCAGCUGCUGCUAAAUAAGUGAGUUUAGAAUGCUGCAUUAAGGUAGAUUGUUUCCUUUCUAGUAGCAUCAAAAGCCACUCAAAAUUGUUGUUCAUCAUUAUCCAUGAGCCAUCAAUCAGGAGUAUUUUCGUACUAUUCCAGCUCAAAUUUGAUGUUGGUUGAACAGAACUCCUUAUUUGAAAGAUUUAUGUAAUAUUGAUUUAACAAGAAUGUGCCACUGAUUUAACAAGAGUAUGUGUUUUGUGUUUAAAAAAACCACACAAAUCUUUUAAGAGCUGUUUACAACACAGAUAUCAGUAGAAAUCAUAAGCAGGAUAAAACAGUGGAAAAAUACCUCUAGCAUAUAAAUUGGCAAUUUUUUUGCUUAUUUGGAAAAACUUAAUAUUAACCAAGUGUAAAUUUUUCUCACACUUGUACAAAUAAAUCAUUUUGGGUUAAAGUCAGAAGAUAAUCUCAAAGCAUUUAGGAUGUGUUGUGCAAUAUAUAUAAUAAAAAUGUUCUUUUUU